AUGAUUAGAUUGAUCCAAGAAGAAGGGUUUCCCGACGAACUAAAAUCUUUGAAAUCUAAGGGUCAUUUGAAUGGAAAUCUCAACAAUCUAGCUCCUUUUAUUGAUUCUGACGGAAUUAUGCGAGUAGGAGGUAGAAUCGACAAAUCCAAUCUCUCUUUCUCACAAAAGCAUCCAGCGCUAUUACCACACCAUUAUUUUACCGACGUUUUAAUUCGAGAAGAACACAUAAAAUCUAUGCACGGUGGGAUACAAACUACCUUUAAUAUCCUACAUCAAAACUUUUGGGUUACAAGCGGACGAAAUACAGUCAAACGGGUAAUAUAUAAAUGCGUUACCUGCGCUCGGAUUAACCCAUCUAUUCCUCAAUAUAUCAUGGGAGAUCUUCCAAAAAGUCGUCUCUCUCUCGAACGUCCCUUUCUAGUUUGUGGUAUAGAUUAUUGCGGUCCGUUUUAUAUUAAAGAAAGGCGGCACAGAAAUCGGAACAAAAUUAAGACCUUCGCAGCUAUUUUCGUUUGCUUCGCUACUAAGGCCGUUCAUAUCGAACUCGUUAGUGAUCUCAGUACUGAAGCCUUUAUGGCCGCCCUGCGACGAUUUUUUAGUAGACGUGGUCUAAGUUCAGACCUUUAUUCAGAUAAUGCCACAAAUAUUGUUGGCGCCAAAAAUGAAAUUGUGGACAUCCAAAAUCUCUUAUCUUCUCAUGAGCACAACAAAUCGGUAGAGAGAACACUAACAAACGACAAUAUCGCGUGGCACGUGAUCCCACCUCGGUCUCCACAUUUCGGCGGGCUUUGGGAGCCCGCCGUGAGAUCCUUUAAACAUCAUCUUCUGAGAGUCGUGGCCAACACUCUAUUAAUCCAUGAAGAUUUACUCACUCUGACCACUGAGAUAGAGGCAAUCUUAAAUUCGAGACCUCUAACUCCCAUUUCCUCAGAUCCCAAUGACCUAUCCACUUUGACACCUGCUCACUUCCUCAUAGGCGAUUCCUUUAGAAGCAUGCCAGAGCGACAUUUAACAGAAAUUCCGACAGCACGUUUAUCGUCAUGGCAACGAGUUCAGCAGAUGCGACAACAUUUUUGGUCGCGUUGGUAUAAAGAAUACCUUCACCAACUGAACGUGAAGAAGAAAUGA